AGCUGAUCCGCCUCCAAGAUGGCCGCCUGACUGAGAGGUCGCAAUCAGCUGUUCGAGGCCAAAUUAUAUGCUCUGGUAGAAGGAGAAGAAUGUAAUCUCUGCUUUGACUAGAGACAUACACGAGGUACAUCUCGCUUCUCUUUUCUCCUCUCUGGGCCUCCAGAAUGACUGGGCCGACCUUUGAAGGAUGCAGUAGAAUGAACUCAGCACCCUCGGCCAGGAUGUUCAUGUAUAGGGCCUUAGAGAAGAUACAUGCAGAGAAGGAGAUCAAGAGGUCUCACCACUCACAACUCAAAAGAGCAGUUGAACAGGCUUUAGAGGAUCUACGGAGUGAAUUGGGCGGGUCAGACAAUGGAUCAGGCACAGGCUCCUCGGCUGCCUUGCCCGUGCCAAAGGGCGCAGCUCCACAGCUGGAUGCAGAGAAGCACUUUCUACCGUUUGAGCUUGCUUGCCAGUCUAAAUCAGCGAGAAUUGUUGUGACAGCACUUGACUGUAUUCAAAAACUUAUCGCAUAUGGACAUCUCACAGGCAAUUGUCCAGACCCAAACAACCCCAAUAAGAGACUCAUAGACUAUAUUGUUGAGACUAUAUGUAAUUGUUUCAAUGGGCAGUCAACAGACAAGGAUGUAGAAAUUCAAAUAAUCAAGGCUUUGUUGACAGUCAUAACAUCACAGUAUGUAAGUGUUCAUGAGGGGACAGUCCUAGUAGCUGUCCGAACAUGCUACAACAUCUUCCUUGCAUCCCGUGACAUGAACAAUCAGGUGACGGCAAAGGCAGCCCUCACGCAGAUGAUCAACAUCAUCUUCACAAGAAUGGAGAAUCAAGCAAUUGAGGAAGCGGCAGAAGAAAGUAGUCGUGACCACAGUUCCAGCAAUGCAUCCUCUAACAGUGCAGGGAGUCAGCCACAGCCGCAGGAGAAUGGACAGCAUGAUCCUGAACCUCGAGUUACCAAUGGGGCACAGGAAAUACCUGCACAGACUCCUUACAAUGGAACAGAGGAAGGAGGAGGAGGAGGAGGAGGAGGAGGAGGAGGAGCUGGCAACGAAGACCAACCAAGACAAGACAGCACCAAAGCCAAGGAAAGUGUGGCAAUCCCUAAUGGCAGCGUGCUGACUCUUGAACCCCCACCACAGCGUCAUCUAACAUCACAGCAGAUUGCAACGGAGCUGGUCCAUGAUAUUGUGAACCAGGCUGUUACAGUGGUGACCACAGAGGCUGUCAUUGAAAAUGGGUGCUCAAGCAGUGCAGAAAUUAAUGGCAGUGAUACUCAGAACUCUGUGGCUUCAGACACUACUCUCCCAGAUCCAGCAGUAAUACCUCCACAAGUGCCAGAAACAUCAGUAUCUGAGAGCAGCCCAGCUUCUGUGCCAGUUCUGCAGGAGGACACAGGACAAGAUGAUUCCUCUGCCUUGCCAGCAGACCGUAGCAGUGACUCAGUGGCUUCAAAUCCUCCACUCACUCCAACUUCCAUCACAAGAGUGCCCUCUCAGGAGAGUAUAAACACAAUGACAGAGGGAGAUACAGCCAUGACAGCAAAGCUGUUUCAUACCCUUCAGAAAGAUGCAUUUCUCGUGUUUAGGUCACUCUGUAAGCUCUCAAUGAAACCCCUUUCUGACUCUCCAGAUCCCAAGUCCCAUGAACUUCGGUCCAAGAUCUUGUCCCUCGAGAUGCUCCUGUCUAUUGUGCAGAAUGCAGGGAGAGUCUUUCGUUCAAAUGACACAUUCAUUACUGCCAUCAAGCAGUACUUGUGUGUGGCCCUGAGCAAGAAUGGGGUAUCGCCCAUUCCAGAAGUGUUUCAUCUCUCCCUUGCUAUCUUCGUUGCCCUGCUUUCCAACUUCAAAGCUCACCUAAAGAUGCAGAUUGAGGUGUUCUUCAAAGAAAUCUUCCUGAACAUUUUGGAAGCAGGGAGCUCCAGCUUCCAGCACAAAUGGAUGGUGAUACAAGCUCUCACCAGGAUCUGUGCGGAUGCUCAGUCUGUUGUAGAUAUUUAUGUGAAUUAUGACUGCGACCUCAGUGCUGCUAAUGUUUUUGAAAGAUUAGUAAAUGACCUCAGCAAGAUUGCUCAAGGAGGCCAGCCCGGAGAAUUUGGUUCCACGCCUCUUCAGGAACGCAGCAUGAGGAUCAAGGGUCUCGAGUGCCUUGUGUCAACCCUUAAGUGUAUGGUUGAGUGGUCCAAAGACCUGUAUGUCAACCCUAACACUUUGUCAAACCUCAGCCAAGAAAAGAAGAAAGACGAGGAGCUGGAAGUGAACCAUUCAGCCGAGGGUAAUCGAACACCACUAGCUCGCCAUGGCUCACACAACUCUAUUAAUUCCCUCCAGUCUUCUUCCACCAACACCACCACUUCCACUGUUGGAGUGGAUAAUCCAGAACAGUGCCAGUCCCUCAAACAUCAGAAGGAGAUCUGGGAACAAGGCAUUGAUAUGUUCAACAGAAAACCUCGUCGUGGCCUUGCCUUCCUGCAGGCCCAGGGGCUCUUAGGUCCAUCUCCUGAAGACCUUGCCAAAUUCUUCCAUGAUGAUGACAGACUGGAUAAGACCCAAGUUGGAGAUUUUCUUGGUGAUCCAGAUCCAGUCAACAAAGAGGUUAUGUGUGCCUACAUUGAUCAAAUGGAUUUUCAUGAGCGUGACUUUGUUCCUGCCUUAAGAAUGUUUCUUGAAGGUUUCCGGUUACCUGGGGAAGCCCAAAAGAUUGAUAGACUGAUGGAGAAAUUUGCCUCCAGAUAUUGUGAAUGCAAUGCAAACCUUGGUUUGUUUGCAAGUGCAGACACAGCUUAUGUGUUAGCAUACUCCAUCAUCAUGCUCACGACUGACCUGCACAGUACACAGGUCAAGCAAAAGAUGACCAAAGAGCAGUAUAUCAAGAUGAACCGCGGCAUCAAUGACUCCAAGGAUCUACCGGAAGAAUAUCUCUCCAGUAUCUAUGAUGAAAUUGCUGGGAAUGAAAUUAAGAUGAAGGCUACAUCCACCAAACUUGGAAAGCAAGCUGUUGCAAAUGAGAAAAAGCGAAAGUUGCUUUUUAACCUGGAGAUGGAAACAAUAUCAGGGACAGCCAAGUCACUUAUGGAAGCAGCUUCUCACGUUGAUGCCACCUUUACUCUUGCAACUCAUGUAGAACAUGUCCGCCCUAUGUUUAAGUUUUCUAUAACACACCCUGUGCUGCCAGUCACGAUGUGCAGGAAUAAGAUCCUGAGCAUGGAAAUAGUGUCCUUCCUGGAGCUGGCACUUUUCCAGCCAUGGCUUACAGGUGGUAUAUUCCACUCUCGUUAA